UAAAGCAAUGAGAAGCUGAUGUUAGAAGUUGAUGAAGCGAUGCGCUAUGAUGAGUACACACUGCAAGCUGUCCAUCACGAUGCUUGCUCUCACAAAUUAUCUUGCCAGUGGUUAUGAACGAAUUAUUGACAAUACUCUCUAUCUUGUCGCCCCGGGAAGCUUUCGCACGAUAUCAGACAAAAUGGCGGACAGCACGUGCUGAAAACACUUCCGGUGCUAAAACCACUCCAAUGUAACAGUCGCUGUAAUGUUUACAGAAAAUGUGAAGCACCUCGCCUCGAACUUCGCCAUCUGCUCUAUCUCUUUCUCUCUCACCCCACACACACACGCGCGCGCACGCAACAAAUCAGAAAUCGUUUGUCGCUAAAGCUGUUAAACAGAUCCUGGCAGCCAGCCUUUGAAAAUUAUCAUUCCUGUUGAAUGUUUUUAUCAGGCAACACGCUACCUUAGAGAUCAGCAGUUUUGCUAAAAGCCAGCACUCGGCAGCCCUCAACAAUCAUUACACGCGACGAAUACCGCUACCAAGAUAUUUAAAGGUGAAAUUUGGACAGCAAAAAUCACUUUGCUGUUUGGCCAGGCCAUCUGUAGUGAGGGAGGACCGUACACUUGCUACAACCGUUUGCUUAUAUUUCACAUUGCAAUGCCUUGCAACAUCACUGUUUUGCUUUUAACUGUCGUCCUAGCUUGCCGCUCGAUCUCUGGAGCCUGGUUGGCAAACCACAGCACACGACAUGUUGAGGCAGCCCUGAGACAGCACUUGUUUGGCGAUAGUUACAACCCUUACAUUCUCCCAAGGGACCACACGGCAGAUCCCGUCAACAUCUCAAUGCAGUUCACCCUCAACUUUGUUCUGGAAGUGGACACGAUCCGUCAAGUAUUUCAUUUCAAUGGAUGGUUUGAUGCCAACUGGACGGACCCCGCCUUGGCAUGGGAUACAGACACAUUCCCCAUCACAAAAAUAUUUGUACCCCCAGAUGCCAUUUGGAAACCAGACUUAUUUGUUGAAAACUCUAUCAAAUCCCACACACUGAUCGAAGAACAGAAGAUAAAUCUUAUUCUACAUUCAGAUGGAAGUGUUCAGUGGUUCCCGGGUGGAAAUUUUGCGACUAACUGUCCGCUGGACAUACGACAGUUUCCUUUCGACGAGCAGGUUUGUCCUGUUCAGAUGCAGACGUGGGUCUACGCAGCAAAGGAUGUGAUGUUUCUUUCAACUGGUACAAACAUCAUGAAUCGAGAUUCUUCGGAGUGGACUGUGCUUGAAGUGACUCACGAAAAAUACACCUCGUUCAGCUAUGUUAGCAUGAAAUUUUCUGUGCGACUGAAGCGUCGGUGGGUGUACUACUGGUUUCGCCUGCUGAUGCCCGUGCUCCUGGUGUCGGCCUUGAACUGUGGUGUGCAAGUCCUGCCCUGGCAGAGCGGCGAGAAGAUGGGCGCCAGCCUCGCCAUCUUCCUGACCCUCACCGUGCUGAUGACCGAGGUGCAGGCCAGUCUGCCCAACAACGCACAAACCAUCUGCUUCCUCAGCGUCUUCGUCGCCGCUCAUAUGGUUUUCGGCGUGCUCUCCGUCUUCUUCGCUAUCGUCUCUGUCCUCCGUCAUUGCAACCGCAACCACAGCGAUGGAACGACUGAUGUCACUGGGGGGAUAGGGGGGUUGGACAAUGACCAAUCCCCUGCUGUGAGUAUGACGAGCAAAGGUCAGGUCACUUCUGCCGCUGUUAGCGCCAAGAUGGCUGAUGGGUUCAAGACCAGCAGAUGCUCCUCGUUCCUGAAUGAUAAACUGAGUAUCGCAUUCCUCAUCACUGCCAACAUCAUUUGCUGUUUUGUGCUUGGCUUUCUUAUCAUCUGGUAAAUAUGAGCUACGGUCAAGUGUCGCCAAGUUCUAAGUUCAUUGCGUUUUAUUCGUAUUUUCCAUCCUGCGUGAACACCUCACCUAUAGCCCUUUGACCUACUGCGUGACCCUAAUGUAGACAUUACAAGGUUAUGCACCGUCCUGAACGCAAGUUUAAAAUUUAUGAUGAGUUGUUCUUAUUUUAAAAAUUUGGCAAGAGCAACAAACAAGUUCAAUUAACUUUUCAUUAAAUACAUAAAUUGAUAAACUUGACCAAACAAUGAAGAUACAGCUCAAAGUAACAUAAGACAAAUGCAAAUUGUUCUAUAGCACAAAAGUCUACUCAAAUACUGAAAAUAUAAUGCAGCACAAUAUCUAUAUCUUCCAUAUUGCUAGGAGAGAGGUUUACACAGCAAGAUCAUAUUUAUGAAAUUAGUGUAUGAUCACUAAAGACAUCCUAAAGUCCAUUUGUGGAAACCGAUUCUUAUUACUAAGCCUGUUUGUCCCCUCCCUCCGUGGAGCAUAGGGCCGCAAGCACACCACGCCAGUGGAUACAUUUGUAAAUAUGAUUUAUAUGACAAUCGUUGAAACUCCUACAAUCGCUAAACAUACAUAUUCGACGAUGUGAGCUGUCGUGUUAGGUUUUGAACACCUUUAAAUAUUGAUUUAUAAUUAUUGAUGUAUAAUUAUUGAUGUAUAAUUAUUCCAAUGUAUAAUUAUGGGCAAGUGUGUGUUGGAGUGAGAGAGAGGGAGGAAAGUUCUUUAUAAAAGUAAUUUUUGUGAAACGCUAUAUUUAAGUGUAACUUACAUUUGAACUUAGCACAAUGUACCCAGGAUUUUUGGUAAAGGCCUACACGACACACUCGGGCAGAAAGAAGCCUGAGGCUUAUCUCGACACAUCAAGUAAAACAGCUUCUGAUACAUCUAAGCGUGUGUGUGUGGAUGUUACACAGUUAUAAAAUAGUACUGGAUAUAAAUUGUAUCAACUAAUCAAAAAGUAAAUAAACAAGAUGAAUUAAACGCUUUAUUUGGCUUCUAGUGUCCAUGGUUUAAAAAGUUCCAAGAGAAUGCAUGUGA